CAUGACUUUAUCCUGGACUAGCAUCUCCCCACCACAGUUAGGAUGAAACUGAAACUCCUCGCUGUGGCCUAAAAGUUCUGGGAACUGCCAUCCUCUGAUGUCAGUGACACCUUCCCUCUUUUGUAGGGUCUUUUCAGUUCCUCCAGUGACUCAGGCCUGCGCCUUUAGGGUCCCUACAUUUGUCUGCCUGCCCUGCUUUUGAGUCAGGCUUGCUAUGCAGCUCAGGGCUGGCCUUGAACUCACCAGAUGCUGAGAUUACAGAUGUGUGCCAUUGCUUCUGGUUUGCACUUGCUGUUCCACUUGCCACCUUUUCUGGCUGGCUUCCCUUGUCCUGCAGGGGCCGAUGCAAACAUCAGCCCCUCCUUAAGUGACCCCCCACACUUCCCUGAGUUCCUCCACGACCCUGGCUCUCUGAAGCUGCCUGAUUCCUGCAUGUGCCCAUUUGCCUGUGACCCUCUGGCAAUGAGUUUGAAGUUGCUGAUCUUCCUCAAUUCUUUAGCCAGACCUUAGAAUAAGAGGAGCACAGGAAAUACUGAAUAGAGAUGACGAUGACGUGUGUCUGUAGGGGUUGAAGGGCAAGGGCUUGAAGAUAUUAAAGGGACUUGCAGAUAUUGCAAGUAGCAAAGCUAAGCACCAGCCAGAAAAAUUGGGCCCCAAAGCUUCCCAGGACUUUGUUGCCCUAGUAAUAUUAAGAGUUUGACUAGCUAGAUGCCAUCCUUACUAACUUGGGACCCUGCUUCCUCAUCUAAGGAUGCUGGGGCGCCCUCUAGUGGACGAAAUCAAGUAAUACAAAUAGAGAGCCAGAAAAGCACCUGGCUGAAAACACCUGCUAAUAAUUGUAGCAACUGUGGUUAGAGUCACCUGGCUCAUCCCUUCCUGCUUUGAGGGCCCAGAGACAGUGGACGCCCCCAGACCUGUCUGUCUUCUCAUGCUGGACAUCUCAGUGUGUCAAGCGCCCCCCCCCCACGCUGGUCCAACAGGUUUAGAGGAGGGCAGAUAGAGGGGUGGGGCUCUGGGUGGGACAGCGCAAGAUUAAUUAGAGGGAGAAGAGGAGAAGGGCUGGGCCAAGCUGGCCCACAGAAGUUCCAGGAGUCUUCGAAGUGGGAGGCCAUGGGCCGGGGCUUAAAUUCUACCAGACUCAGGCGCCAAAAACGACGCUUACGACUUCGGGUUCAGAAGCCCAGGCGGCAGCAGGAGAGGCUGCAGCAGGAGAAUCAUGAGCUCCGCCGUGGACUGGCAGCCCGGGGUGCUGAGUGGGAGGCCAGAGCUGUGGAGCUGGAGGGAGAUGUGGAGGCCCUACGGGCCCAGCUUGGGGAGCAGCGGUCAGAGCAGCAGGACAGUGGUCGAGAGCGGGCAAGGGCCCUCAGUGAACUCAGCGAGCAAAACCUCAGACUCAGCCAGCAGCUGGCCCAGGCCUCCAGGACCGAGCAGGACCUGCACCGGGAGCUGGACACCCUUCGGGGGCAGUGUCAGACUCAAGCCCUGGCUGGGGCAGAGCUGAGAGCGCGGCUGGAAAGUCUGCAGGCAGAAAACCAGAUGCUGCAGGAUCGCCGGCAGGACCUGGAGGCCCAGAUCCGAGGCCUUCGUGAAGAGGUGGACAAGGGUCAAAGCAGAUUACAGACCACCCACGAGGAGUUGCUGCUGCUUCGUCGAGAGAGGAAAGAGCACGGGCUGGAGCUGGAACGAGCUCGCUUCGAGGCUGGAGAGGCACUGAGCACGCUGCGGAGGCUGCAGAGGCGGGUCUCAGAGCUGGAGGAGGAGUCGAGACUCCAGGACGCCGAAGUGUCGGGUGCCUCCCUACAGACCGAGCUUGCCCACAGCCUUGACAGUGACCAAGACCAGCAUGUCAGUGAGUGUGAAGGCGCCCAGACUAUCUUUUCCCCGGAGAUCCAAGAAGCAUCCAGUCCCCAGCCUUCAAUCCAGGAAGAGAGCUUGGAGCCCCCCAAGAAGCGAGCAUCCUUGAGUCCAGCGGAGAUACUGGAGCAGAAGGAGGCAGAAGUGGCCAGGCUGCAGGAUGAGAUCGUCCUGCACCGCACAGAGCUACAGACGCUCCGGGAUGAGCUACAGCGACAGAAGGAGCUGAGGGCGCAGGACAAUCGUGACGAAGCCCUGAGCUGUGCGCUCUCUGACCGGGACGAGGCCGUGAACAAGGCCCUGAAGCUGUCGCUGGAGCUCAGUCGUGUCUCGCUGGAGCGGGACUCUUUGUCCCGGGAACUGCUUCGAGCCAUCAGCCAGAAAGUGGCGCUGACACAGGAACUCGAGGCUUGGCAGGACGACAUGCAGGUGGUGAUUGGACAGCAGGUGCGCUCCCAGCGCCAGAAGGAGCUCAGUGAGGCUGCAGCAGCUCGGCGAGGCAAUAAGUCUGGCUUUUCACUUCGUCUGGGAUCGGGGCAGAGCGGAGGAUUUCUAAGCAACCUCUUUCGAAGGACCUGAGGGCUGGACAACAGCGCUACAUUUCCUCGCCCUGAGGCUCACUUUCUUCUUAACAGCCAAGAGAACCACAGGGCCUGAAUGACUUCCAAGUGAGACCAUUUUCUUCCUUGCCCCAACAGAUGGACAGAGGCACUUAGGGAGCAGGGGCCAGCUUUGGGGCAGCAGCCCCAGGUGGGUGGCAGGGCAGACUCAUAUAGGUCUAUCUUCUCUAAGCACUGGGCACCUGCCCCUUCUGUGGAACAGGGUUAGGGAUGGGUAUUUAUGUGUAAAGAUAAGUCAGUCAGAGCAAUGUAUAAAUCACUAUACUUA